AUGGCCUCGAAGAAGUGCACUGUUGGCACGGCCGUGGGCCUGGCCUCCGUCGUAGCAGGAAGCGCGUUCAUCGCCGGAACAAGCCAGCCCAAAGGGGCCCUCCGUGCGACCUCGCAGGCGCAGCAGCAGGCCCGGCCAGCGCCCUCCAGCGCGCCCAUCAGCGCAGCCUCCGCCGUGGCGAUCUCCGCCGGCGCCGUCUACGCGGCCAACAGCAGCCGAAAGGUGGCCGGAAAGGCCCAGGUCACAGCGCUUAGAGCAUUCGAGUCCGAGCUCGGAGUUCAGGCUCCGGUCGGCUUUUGGGACCCUCUAGGGCUCGCCAGGGAUGGCGACGUGGAGGCCUUCCAGCGAAGGCGCUCCGUAGAGCUGAAGCAUGGACGCAUCGCCAUGCUAGCAACCAUGGGAUACAUCACCCCAGAGAUUGCCGGCAAGUGGCCAGGCUACCUGGAUCCUUCUAGCGGCCUCAAGUUCGCCGAUAUCCCCAAUGGCUUGGCAGCCAUCUCCAAGGUUCCCGCAGGUGGCUGGACCCAGAUCCUCCUUUGGAUGGCCUGGUGCGAGGUCAGCCGUGGCGCAGGAUCGGACAUCGCCAGCGGUCGCCCCGGCGACUUCGGCUGGUACGUCCUCACCUCAGCAGACCCUGAGGAGAAGAACAAGAAGCUCAAUGCAGAGCUCGCCAACGGUCGCCUGGCCAUGAUGGCCAUCAUCGGCAUGUUCUACCAGGAUGGACUCACAGGCUCCGCCUGGGGCGACUGGGCCAACUACACGGAGUCCCCGCUCCGUGCGUUCGAGGACGAGACGGGUGUGCAGCCCCCGGUCGGCUAUUGGGACCCCCUCGGGCUCGCCUCCAGCGGCAACAUGGCGGAUUUCAAUCGCCGACGCGAGGUGGAGCUAAAGCACGGACGCGUCGCAAUGUUCGCGACCAUUGGAUACAUCCUCCCUGAGUACUGGCGAUUUCCGGGAUACCUCUCCAAGUACUUGGACAUCAAGUUCGCCGACGUGCCAAACGGCCUUAGCGCAUUCAGCAAGGUGCCAGCCUUCGGAUGGCUUCAGAUCGUCGGCUUCGCUGGCAUCGUCGAGGUUAACAUUUACAACGAGCAGGUCAACAAUGAGCCCGGCAACUACGGCGCCGGCUUCCUCGGGCUGAGGUCUAUCGGCAUCAUGAACACCGGCAUCACCGACCCCGAGGCGCGCAAGAAGAAGCUGAACGCCGAGUUGGCCAAUGGCAGGUUGGCCAUGUUUGCCAUCAUCGGUAUGUUCUUCCAGGAUGGCCUCACCGGCUCCGCUUGGGGCGACUGGUCCCUCUACACCGCCUCCCCUCUCCGGGCUUUCGAGGGGGAGCUGGGAGUCCAGGCCCCUGUCGGCUUUUGGGACCCGCUGGGGCUCUCUGCGGACGGCGAUGCGGCCGUCUUCGCGCGUCGGCGUGAGGUGGAGCUGAAGCACGGAAGGAUUUCCAUGUUCGCCACGAUCGGUUACAUCGUGCCGGAGUAUUUCCGCUGGCCCGGUGAGCUCUCCCCGAAGUUGGGCUUGCAGUUCACCGACAUCCCGAAUGGGCUGGCUGCUCUCACGAAGGUGCCUGGCCAGGGCUGGGGUCAGAUCGUGGCCUUCCUGGGAACCUACGAGCUCUUCAUCAACAAGCCCGUCGGCGACGAGCCGGGCAACUACGGCAAGGGCAACCUGGGUCUCGGCUUCCUGGGCCCUGUGGCGGACCCCGAGGCGCGCAAGAAGAAGUUGUCUGCGGAGUUGGCGAACGGACGCUUGGCGAUGAUGGCCAUCAUCGGUAUGUUGUUCCAGGACGGACUCACCGGCUCCGCAUGGGGGGACUGGGCGCUGUACACCGACUCCCCUCUUCGCAGUGGACUGAUGAGCCCGGGUUACAACACCCUGCCUGAGUGGGAGAAGCCCAACACCGGCUUCGAAGGACUCACCGGUGAUCAGGCACCUCUCGGAUUCUGGGACCCACUCGGAUUCUCCAAGGACCUGGACGUCGAGGUCUUCAAGCGCCGUCGUGAGACCGAGAUCAAGCACGGACGCGUGUCCAUGUUCGCGACAAUCGGAUAUAUCGUCCCAGAGUACUUCAAGUUCGAUGGCUACCUGUCUCCGUCCAACAACUUGAAGUUCUCUGACGUCCCCAACGGCCUCAAGGCUAUCUCCGUGGUGCCCAAGGAGGGUUGGGCCCAGAUCCUGGCUUUCGCCGGCUUCUUGGAGCUCGUCGCAAACAAGAAGACAUCCGAGCCGGGCAACUACGGCAAGGGCAACCUUGGUCUGGGAUACCUCGGCUUCGGCAACUCCGUGCAGGACCCAGCCCUGCGCACGAAGAAGCUCAAUGCGGAGUUGGCCAACGGACGACUGGCAAUGAUGGCCAUCAUCGGUAUGUUCUUCCAAGACGGACUUACCGGCUCCGCGUGGGGCGACUGGGCCAACUACACUGACUCCCCUCUUCGCAGUGGACUGAUGAGCCCCGGUUACAACACCCUGCCUGAGUGGGAGAAGCCCAACACCGGCUUCGAAGGACUCACCGGUGAUCAGGCACCUCUCGGAUUCUGGGACCCACUCGGAUUCUCCAAGGACCUGGACGUCGAGGUCUUCAAGCGCCGUCGUGAGACCGAGAUCAAGCACGGACGCGUGUCCAUGUUCGCGACAAUCGGAUAUAUCGUCCCAGAGUACUUCAAGUUCGAUGGCUACCUGUCUCCGUCCAACAACUUGAAGUUCUCUGACGUCCCCAACGGCCUCAAGGCUAUCUCCGUGGUGCCCAAGGAGGGUUGGGCCCAGAUCCUGGCUUUCGCCGGCUUCUUGGAGCUCGUCGCAAACAAGAAGACAUCCGAGCCGGGCAACUACGGCAAGGGCAACCUUGGUCUGGGAUACCUCGGCUUUGGCAACUCCGUGCAGGACCCAGCCCUGCGCACGAAAAAGCUCAAUGCGGAGUUGGCCAACGGACGACUGGCAAUGAUGGCCAUCAUCGGUAUGUUCUUCCAAGACGGACUUACCGGCUCCGCGUGGGGUGACUGGGCCAACUACACUGACUCCCCUCUCCGUGCCUUUGAAGGAGAGCUGGGUGUUCAGGCGCCCGUGGGAUUUUGGGACCCUCUUGGCCUUUCCGCCGAUGGCGACACGGAGGUCUUCAAGCGCCGUCGCGAGGUUGAGCUGAAGCACGGAAGGAUCUCGAUGUACGCCACGAUUGGUUACAUCGUCCCCGAGUACUUCCGCUGGCCCGGCGAGCUCUCCCCUAAGCUGGGCCUGAAGUUCACGGACAUCCCCAACGGUCUCGCUGCACUGACCAAGGUGCCUGGCCAGGGCUGGGGUCAGAUCGUGGCCUUUUUGGGAGUCUACGAGCUCUUCAUCAACAAGCCCGUCGGCGAGGAGCCGGGCAACUACGGCAAGGGCAACCUGGGUCUCGGCUUCCUGGGCUCUGUGGCGGACCCGGAGGCGCGCAAGAAAAAGUUGUCUGCUGAGCUGGCGAACGGACGCUUGGCCAUGAUGGCCAUCAUCGGUAUGUUGUUCCAGGACGGACUCACUGGCUCCGCAUGGGGUGACUGGGCGCUGUACACCGACUCCCCUCUUCGCAGUGGACUGAUGAGCCCGGGUUACAACACCCUGCCUGAGUGGGAGAAGCCCAACACCGGCUUCGAAGGACUCACCGGUGAUCAGGCACCUCUCGGAUUCUGGGACCCACUCGGAUUCUCCAAGGACCUGGACGUCGAGGUCUUCAAGCGCCGUCGUGAGACCGAGAUCAAGCACGGACGCGUGUCCAUGUUCGCGACAAUCGGAUAUAUCGUCCCAGAGUACUUCAAGUUCGAUGGCUACCUGUCUCCGUCCAACAACUUGAAGUUCUCUGACGUCCCCAACGGCCUCAAGGCUAUCUCCGUGGUGCCCAAGGAGGGUUGGGCCCAGAUCCUGGCUUUCGCCGGCUUCUUGGAGCUCGUCGCAAACAAGAAGACAUCCGAGCCGGGCAACUACGGCAAGGGCAACCUUGGUCUGGGAUACCUCGGCUUUGGCAACUCCGUGCAGGACCCAGCCCUGCGCACGAAAAAGCUCAAUGCGGAGUUGGCCAACGGACGACUGGCAAUGAUGGCCAUCAUCGGUAUGUUCUUCCAAGACGGACUUACCGGCUCCGCGUGGGGUGACUGGGCCAACUACACUGACUCCCCUCUCCGUGCCUUUGAAGGAGAGCUGGGCGUUCAGGCACCCGUGGGAUUUUGGGAUCCCCUUGGCCUUUCCGCCGAUGGCGACAUGGACACGUUCAAGCGACGAAGGGCCGUCGAGCUGAAGCACGGACGCAUCUGCAUGUUGGCCUGCACCGGCUACAUCAUCCCGGAGUACUUCAGAUGGCCAGGCUACCUGUCUCCGGAGAAGGGCAUCAAGUUUGCCGACAUGCCGCAUGGCAUUGCCGCGAUCUCCAAGGUCCCGCUUGAGGGAUGGCUGCAGAUCGUUCUGUUCAUUGGCCACUACGAGGGCUACUUCUGGCGCCAGGACGCCAAGCGAGCCCCGGGAGACUUCGAGGGCUACGGCUUCCUGGGCGUUGGCAAGAACUUCAUCAUCAAUGUCGACCCCAUCGAGUUCCAGGACGCAGAGGUCAAGAAGACCAAGCUGUCCGCAGAGCUGGCGAACGGACGACUUGCGAUGGUCGCGUUGAUGGCCAUGCUUUUCCAGAACGGCACUGACACAGCACUCAUCAAAGGGAUCGUGCCAUUGGAUCCUUUGAUGAGGGCACGAUCCCUUAUCCCUGCAACUCCCAUAUCCAGCCCCGGUUCCAACGGCCUGGCUGGCGUCGUGGCGGGAAGCGCCUUCAUUUCAGGAACCAGCAGCCAGCCCCGACGUGCUCUUCGUGCCAGCACCCAGGCACAGGCAAAGGAGGCCCGACUGGCGUCUUCUAGCGCCCCCCUGACAGCGGCAUCCCUCGUCGCGGUGUCGGCGGGCGCGGUUUACGCGGCCAGCAGCAGCCGCAAGGUGGCCACCAAGGCCAACAUCACUGCGCUUAGAGCCUUUGAGUCUGAGCUCGGGGUCCAGGCUCCCGUCGGUUUCUGGGACCCCCUUGGUCUCGCCCGAGAUGGCGAUGUGGAGGCUUUCCAGCGACGACGCUCUGUAGAGCUGAAGCACGGGCGCAUCGCCAUGCUAGCAACCAUGGGUUAUAUCACCCCAGAAAUCGCCGGCAAGUGGCCAGGCUACCUGGAUCCCGCUAGCGGCCUCAAGUUCGCCGACAUCCCCAAUGGCUUGGCAGCCAUCUCGAAGGUUCCCGCAGGUGGCUGGACCCAGAUCCUGCUCUGGAUGGCCUGGUGCGAGGUGAGCCGUGGGGCGGGCUCCGACAUCGCCAGCGGCCGCCCUGGCGACUUCGGCUGGUACGUCCUCACCGCGGCGGACCCGGAGGAGAAGAAGAAGAAGCUCAAUGCGGAGCUUGCAAACGGUCGGCUGGCCAUGAUGGCCAUCAUCGGCAUGUUCUAUCAGGAUGGCCUCACAGGCUCCGCCUGGGGCGACUGGGCCAACUACACGGAGUCGCCCCUCCGUGCCUUUGAGGAUGAGACCGGCGUGCAGCCCCCCGUCGGUUUCUGGGACCCUUUGGGACUUGCCUCUAGCGGCAACAUGGCGGACUUCUCUCGCCGGCGCGAGGUGGAACUGAAGCAUGGCCGCGUGGCCAUGUUCGCGACCAUUGGCUACAUCCUCCCGGAAUACUGGCGCUUCCCGGGCUACCUCUCCAAGUAUCUGGACAUCAAGUUCGCAGAUGUCCCCAACGGCCUCAGCGCGUUCAGCAAGGUCCCUGCGUUCGGCUGGCUGCAGAUCGUGGGCUUCGCUGGAAUCGUAGAGGUGAACAUCUACAACGAGCAGGUCAACAACGAGCCCGGCAACUACGGCGCCGGUUUUCUGGGGUUGAGGUCUGUGGGUAUCAUGAACACCGGCAUCACGGAUCCCGAGGCCCGAAAGAAGAAACUGAAUGCGGAGCUUGCCAACGGCAGACUGGCCAUGAUGGCCAUCAUCGGUAUGUUCUUCCAGGAUGGCCUCACCGGUUCUGCGUGGGGUGACUGGUCUCUCUACACCGCCUCCCCUCUCCGGGCCUUCGAGGGUGAGUUGGGGGUGCAGGCCCCUGUCGGCUUCUGGGACCCGCUGGGGCUCUCCGCCGACGGCGACACCGAGGUGUUCAAGCGCCGCCGCGAAGUGGAGCUCAAGCACGGCAGGAUCUCCAUGUAUGCCACGAUCGGUUACAUCGUGCCGGAGUAUUUCCGCUGGCCCGGUGAGCUCUCCCCGAAGCUGGGCCUGAAGUUCACGGACAUCCCGAAUGGUCUCGCGGCAUUGACGAAGGUCCCAGGGCAAGGAUGGGGGCAGAUCGUGGCCUUCCUCGGAACCUACGAGCUCUUCAUCAACAAGCCCGUCGGCGAUGAGCCGGGCAACUAUGGCAAGGGCAACCUGGGCCUCGGCUUCCUGGGCCCUGUGGCAGAUCCGGAGGCGCGUAAGAAAAAGUUGUCGGCGGAGUUGGCAAACGGACGCCUGGCCAUGAUGGCCAUCAUCGGUAUGCAACUUGGCAAGGAUAAGGCCUUCAGAGGCUCAAAGUGGGCUUAUGGCCGACGUCUUCUAGUACAUAAGACCAUGAAGACCAUAUCCAAGUCCAUGAUGCACUCAUUCAGGUUGUUCCAGGACGGACUCACUGGCUCCGCAUGGGGUGACUGGGCGCUGUACACAGACUCCCCUCUUCGCAGUGGACUGAUGAGCCCGGGUUACAACACCCUGCCUGAGUGGGAGAAGCCCAACACCGGCAUGUUGGCUUGCACCGGCUACAUCAUCCCUGAGUACUUCAGAUGGCCCGGAUUCUUGUCCCCUGAGAAGGGCCUGAAGUUCAGCGAGAUGCCCCACGGCAUUGCGGCUAUCUCCAAGGUGCCACUGGAGGGCUGGCUGCAGAUCGUGCUGUUCAUCGGCCACUACGAGGGUUACUUCUGGCGGCAGGAUGCCAAGCGCGCCCCCGGCGACUUCGAAGGCUAUGGCUUCCUUGGCGUUGGCAAGAACUUCAUCAUCAAUGUCGACCCUAUCGAGUUCCAGGAUGCGGAGGUCAAGAAGACCAAGCUGGCCGCAGAGCUGGCCAACGGACGACUUGCUAUGGUCGCAUUGAUGGCCAUGCUUUUCCAGAACGGCACCGUGGGAUCAACUGGCCCUGCGAUGUGGCUCCCGAGUGCAUGA